AACUUUCAUCUUAAAAAAAAAAUGACUUUAGGAAUUAUCCAAGACUUUAAGGAUUUUAUAAAGAAAAGGGGAGGAAAUGUUAUGGACUUAGUGCUUGCUGUAAUUAUUGGUACAGUUUUCACUAAAGUGGUUAACUCACUUGUGAAUGACAUUGUUACACCACCACUUGGUUUACUUAUUCAUGGUACAAAUCUUGAAAAUUUCUUCAUCGUUAUUCGUCAUGGUCAAACUCCCAAUGCCAAAUAUAAUACACCUCAAGAAGCUCAAGAAGAUGGAGCAGU